AUGGAGUUACUGGAAGUCCCACCUGCGGGCAGAUUAUUCACUUGGUUUCGACCCAAUGGUACUGCACGUAGCAAGUUAGAUAGAUUUCUGGUUUCACUAGAGUGGUUGCUUGUUUGGCCUGGUUGCACCCAGCUUGUUCUACAUAGAAAUUUUUCAAAUCACUGUCCUAUUGUGAUGAAGAAUACAAUAACCGAUUGGGGCCCAAAACCUUUCAGAACACUUGAUUGUUGGCUUCAAGAAAACAACCUUAGACAACUUUUCCACCAUAGUUGGAUGGAAUCAACAGUGCAAGGUUGGAGUGCUUACGUAGUGAAGGAAAAACUCAAAAUAUUGAAAGGCAAACUGAAAACAUGGAAUGCAAAUAGUUUUGGCAACAUACAAACAAGACUCAGGGAGGUGGAAGAACGUAUGAACUCUUUGGACAUUAAGGAGGAGGAGGGGGAAUUGGAUGAGACGGAUCAAAGGUCUAAGAGGCAACUUCAACAACAGUUAUGGGACCUGGCCAAACACAAUGAAUCACUAUUAAGGCAAAAGUCAAGAGUAAGGUGGCUACUGAAGGGAGAUAAAAACACGAGGUAUUUCCAUGUAGUUGUAAACUGGAGGAGAAGAAUGAACAGCUUAAAAGGUAUAGAGAAAGAUGGUGUUUGGAUACAAGAGCCAAACCAGGUGAAAUAUGAGGUAUCAAACUACUUUAGUAACAAGUUUUCAGAGGAAAUGUGGCUUAGACCUACCCUCGAUGGGGUCCAAUUUUCAAAAAUCAGCAAUGAACAACGAAUCUUAUUGACUCAACAAUUUGGGGGAUUAGAAAUUAAGGAAGCAGUGUGGAGUUGUGAUGGCUCAAAAAGCCCAGGUCCAGAUGGUUACAAUUUCAACUUUAUAAAAAGUAUUGGGACGUGCUAG